GUUUGAAAGUGAAACAUCAAGCAACUCUUUUAUGAACAUUGAUUUUAUAAAUGAUGACCAGUCUUAUACAAAUAAAACAUCUUCAACAAGCUUUAAAAUUGAUGAGUAUAACUCAAGUGAAUCUAUCGAAUAUGUGAAUAAGUUUUCUGAUUCAAGUGAAUCUUCUGUAAAUAAUAAUA